CUUUGUAGUGCCCUCAGCCUUGAGCCCCUGAGGAGAGCAGCGAUGGGAUCUCACCAAACUCUCCAGCUGAGGCUCUUGGUCUGAGGAAUUCUGGGCGGGCUAUGGCGGAGGGGAGCUCUACUCAACUCGUGGCUCCCUAGGCUGCUUUUGGUGGAGGGGGAAGUUGAAGCUUAUUUUAGGGAAAAAACAAAACAGAAACAGAAUGAAAGUUCAAGGAACUGAAGCUGAGAGGUGUCUGGACCUCAGGAGAUCAAAGUUCUGAUACUCAGACUUCUCUGUAUGGGGUCCAGGGAGGUUCCAUUCUGUUUCAGUUGAACACAAGCCUAGGAAAAAUGAUCCAAAGGGUCGAAUGGAGCUUUGAGUCUAAGAAAAAACAUCUGCCUCUGUUCAGCCUUGAGCCUGAGACUUGGAAUCUAACUUUGAAGAAGAGUCUCCACUGGAACAGAUAUGAGCAAAGAGCUCAUGUAACACCAACAUCCCUUAGAAUUGACAACGUCACUCUUGAGGAUAAUGGAAACUUCAAAGUCCGAAUACAUCAUGAUGAAGUAAUCAGUGAACAAAGUUUCUUUCUCUCUAUUUAUGAACCGAUUCUCCCCAAGAUCAAGAUAAUCUCAAAGUCCCAGACAUCAGAUGGAUGCAACCUCACCUUGGAGUGCCAGAUCCUGAAGAUCUCAAAUGAUACAACUGUAACCUGGGGAAGUGUAGCUAUCCCCAAGAGGCAGGAGGAGAGCCUAGGGCUGCCCUCCAAUUCUAGGAUACUGAAUCUGUCCCUACCACCGAACCUCCAGAAUUCCUCUGUCACUUGCUUGGCUAAGAACCCUGCAGAGCAACAAAAGUCGACAUUAAAACUAAGUGAUGCCUGUCCUGAGAAGUCUUCAAAUCCCCAAACCCCAAAGUCACCAUGGUUCAUUGGAAGUUUCCUUCUGGUCAUAUUGCUGGUGAUCCUGGGGAUUGGAUUGUCGAUCGACAGAAGAAAAGAAAGGAAGAAAGAAGUUAUGGAUUCUCCAGAGAAUAAGAGAAAUAGUGACAUGAACAUCCAAGAUGCAGUGCUCAGACCAAGUAGACCUGAGGACCAGAACCAGUGCCAAGAGGCUAGUGAGCAGCACCCACAGGAGGGGAAGCAUCUCACCACCAUUUACAGUGAGAUCCAUAAUCCUCAGAUCAUGCUCAGGUCCAGACCUAGCUGCUGAGUGUACCUCACCCAAUCAAGGUAUGCUGUAAGCUUGGCAGAACAAUAGUCCUUGAGUGUGUACACUGAGGGUGAACUCUGUUGUUCUCAGUCUGUUACUGUCAAAACCAUGACCAGAACCACAGGUCAGCUCAGACCAACCAUGCCAGCUCUGAGUAAUGGAAAACACUUACAGGAACCACAGCUCAGCCAGUGUGGAUCUGUUAUGAAUACAUUUUCAAUCACCUACAAAACUGAUUGUCCUCUUUGAUACUGGACAAACUCUAAGAAGAGACUCUCAGCUGCUGGACAAUCUCUCUCAUUGCUAAACAAACUUUACAUUGUUACUGCUAUGCCUUCUUUGUCUCCCCACAACUAUAUGUAUUAAGCCUGCACCUUGGCAUUUGGGGUUAGACUUGGGUAAGAGUCUUUCCCAGACUGCUCCUUACCACUCCAACAGAAUAAAACUUUGAAGUGCCUG